UACUGUGAACUAUGACCUCUAUUACGGAAACAUGUAUAUCGUAUAUGGAGCUCAUUUAUUUUUGUUUACUUUGCUAAGAGGCUUUAAAAGUCUAAAAUUCUGUCUACGGUUUUCAGAACUUUUAUCGUGACAACCAGUUGUAGACAUAUCGUGUUGUAAACUUAUCGAACAAAAAUGAAUACCGACAUGUUCAAGGAGACCGAACUUACCAGAGAACCCGUUUCAACAACGGUAAUAGUGCCUCUAAAAAAGGUGGUCCUUCGACAAAACACAGAAGACAAAAGCAUACCAGAGAGAGGCCACUGGAGCGGAAAGUUAGACUUCAUCAUGGGAUGCAUCAGUUAUGCUGUUGGUUUAGGGAACGUCUGGAGAUUCCCUUACCUAUGCUAUGAAAAUGGCGGUGGUGCUUUCCUCUUCCCGUACGUCGUUUGUUUGAUUAUUUGUGCCAUUCCCUUAUUCUUUAUGGAAGUGGCCCUCGGUCAGUAUUUGAAUUGUGGAGGCAUUGGGGUUUGGAACUUGGUGCCGAUGUUCAAAGGUGUCGGAUUUGCCUCCAUGACAAUCGUCUGCUUGUGCAAUAUCUAUUAUGCAGUAAUUAUUUCGUGGACUCUUUUUUACCUUGUGUCAUCCUUCACGAGCGACCUUCCCUGGAAAGGUUGUAACCAACCAUGGACUUCCGAAAACUGUCUAGACCUUGAGUUUGAGAAUAUUACUGGAAAAAAUAUUUCAUUCAACGACUCGUCGUCACCCAUUCAGGAAUUCUGGGAGUAAG